CCUAUGACAGAUGCGGUGGGAAUGUGAUUCAGCCGUCAACGACUUGUAGGCUAUCCUCGACAAGCGUAGGCUACAAUACGCCAGAGAUAGUGUGUAGGCUAUCAAGAUCAUUUCUACGAACGGUUAACAUAUGUCUUAAUCGUCUGAAGCCAGGUGGCACACAAAAUAUAGCCUGCAGACCCAACGGUACCAUGCGCCCUGUAAUAGCUGAACAGAUGACAUGAAACAGACAUCUCUGAAAAACCAGUGCACAAGUGAUCUCAAAGUGGCCAGAUCCAUACUGUUUACAAAGGUGACAGUCGUCUGGAGUAGAGACUACAUCCGGUUGAGAAGUAGACAUGAGCGGACCAAAAGACCAAGGGCCUGGGGCCCAACAUGAGAGAGUCACACUAGUGGUGGAUGGCAGCCAUUUUGUGGUUGACCCCUCCGCCUUCACAGCACACCCCGACACAAUGCUUGGAAGAAUGUUUGGUCCAGCACGUCAGCACAACUUCACCAGACCCAACGGGAAAGGAGAAUAUGAGCUCACAGAAGGCAUCAGCGCCAGUGUCUUUCAGGUCAUACUGACCUUCUAUCAGACGGGUGUGAUGAGGUGUCCUGAUGGGGUCUUGGUGGCUGAGCUCAGAGAAGCAUGUGACUACCUCUGUAUCAACUUCAACGCCAGCACCGUCAAGUGUCGCGACCUAAGCGCCCUGCUGCACGAGCUGUCCAAUGACGGGGCACGGAAGCAGUUUGAGGACUUCCUGGAGGACCUGGUGGUCCCUGCCAUGGUGGCGUGCGCCCAGGGAGGGGAGAGGGAAUGUCACAUUGUGGUGCUCGCCGACGAUGACAUCGUGGACUGGGACGAGGAGCACCCUCCACCAAUGGGGGAGGAGUAUUCCCAGAUUCUAUACAGCUCUAAGCUCUACCGCUUCUUUAAGUACAUAGAGAACAGGGACGUGGCCAAAGCCUUGCUGAAGGAGAGGGGUCUGAAGAACAUCCGUAUAGGCAUAGAGGGAUAUCCAACGUGUAAAGAAAAGGUGAAACGGCGCCCAGGCGGAAGGUCAGAGGUCAUCUACAACUACGUACAGCGGCCCUUCAUCCAGCUGUCCUGGGAGAAAGAGGAGGGCAAGAGCCGCCAUGUUGACUUCCAGUGCGUCCGCAGCAAGAGCGUGCCCAACCUGGCGGCGCCCGGGGAAGUGGGGGCUAGCUGGGCUGGCGCCAUGCCAACACCACAGGUAGACGAGCUCGACAGGCUCAAUGGGCCCGCCCCUUCCCGGCUGCUUCUCCACCCUACCCAGACCACAGCCAAUGACAGUUGAGAAGCGUGGACCACACCCUCCUGCCUCAUUUCCUGGGAACCCUGAUCGAACGUGCUGCUAUUCCCCAUCCAUUCUCAUCGGCAUUGUGAGGCUCUUGGACUAUUCAGCGACAUUUGUCAACCGUCCCCCUGCUGUGAAAGUAUUUUUGCUAAGAGGAACAUUUGGUUUGUUCUUGGAUGGGUUGCACAUUUUAAGGGCUUGUACUGUUGGGCAUGUUGGAUGUCUUGCUACUGUGUUCCUCGCAAGACUGUCCACCCUUAACGAGGGCUAUGGAGUCUAUCUAGCAAAUUUGUCAUAGUUUGGAAUGAAACUGUUAUUGCAAUCAAUCUUAGCUUUGGAUGUCAGUGAUGUAUAUUUUGGAGUGCUUUUAUACUGUCUAUGUGCAGUAUAUGCAAACACGUUUAUGACAUUAUGUUGUGUUAGUCUCUGACCUGAUAGUAUGUGUGUCAUGUUAUAUCCUGUGCCUGCUGUUUUUGUUACUGUUGUAGGCAUGAGUGUUCUGUAGGCCUAUGAGUGAAACCAGUUCACACUUUAUAGUACAUUCCACUGGAAGUUACAUGUUCCCAUGGCAACAUGACAACCAUAUAUACUAGGAGAGGAGGGACCAUGUUUGUAGUUUUUUUUCAACACGAUCACGAAACUACAUCUGAGCCUGUUGUUACUGUAGAUGAAUGUGUGCCUUGAAGUAAUAAAGAAAAAAGAAAA